CUGCUCAGAGCCCCCAACCAUCACCACCACCAUCACGACCAACUCAUCACCGAUCACAACAUGAGGGUGACCACAAGUCUCCUCAGUAGGUCUCUGGCUGGACCAUCGAGACAGAUCAGUCUCUCGCCGGCUGGUGUGGCUCGCGCCUUGUCUGCAGCAGCCUCGGCCAAACCGAACCUCACAUCGCGAUCUAUCGCUACACCGCCCCCCUCCUACAGAGUUUCCUCACCACCUCGUGCAGGGCCCGUCAGCUCUGCACUUCCUCGCCGCUCCUACUCAGUAGACUCCUCGCCAAUUACAAGCGCCUCGCUGAUAAAGACAUCCACCCUGCCGAAUGGCGUGCGGGUCGCCACAGAGGGUACCCCGGGUCACUUUUCGGCCGUAGGCGUCUACGUGGAUACAGGCUCGCGUUACGAGCGUCCCUGGAUAAGUGGAGAGAGCGGCGUGAGUCACCUGCUCGACCGGAUGGCUUUCAAGAGCACCUCGCAGCGGUCUUCGGAGGUGAUGACGUCCGAAAUCGAAAAGCUGGGAGGCAACGUCAUGUGCUCGUCUUCGAGGGAGACGAUCAUGUACCAGUCUUCGAUGUUCAACCAAGACCUGCCGGCUGUACUGUCGAUACUGGCUGAUACCAUCCAGCAUCCUCUGCUGCUGCCUGAGGAGCUGGACGCGCAAAGGCAGGCCGCCGCAUACGAGAUCCAGGAGAUUUGGAACAAGCCGGAGAUGAUCCUGCCUGAGCUGCUGCACUUGGUGGCCUACAAAGACAACACAUUAGGCAACCCUCUCCUCUGCCCCAUUGAGAGUCUAGAGCAAAUGACAGCAGAUAAUUUGAGAAGCUUCAUGAAGCAGUGGUAUACACCAGAGCGGAUUGUGGUGGCGGGAGCGGGUAUGCAGCACGAGCAGCUGGUAGCGCUGUCCGAGCAAUUCUUCGGUGGAGCAGCAGCAAAGCAGUCUGUGCUUACAGAUAGCUCGUCAAGGUCAUCAUCAAGGAGCAGCAGCCCAUCUUCGGUCUUUUCCUCUUCAUCCUCCGGGUCGAGCACUAGUACGUCCCCUUCGUCAGCCAGCAGCUACAAUCCUUCAGCAGAUUUCUCCACAACAGCCAAAACCUCAGCAUCGCAUCUCUCCGACAUUCCCGGCUUCCCUACCUCUUCAGAUCUAGCUCAGACUCGAGCACGGUAUACAGGUGGUGAGCUCUACCUGCCGCGCGAGGACCUAGAAUUCACUCACGUCUACGUAGCAUUUGAAGGCGUGUCCAUCCACGAUGACGACAUCUAUGCUCUCGCCACCCUUCAAAUCCUCCUCGGCGGUGGCUCCUCCUUCUCUGCCGGUGGCCCCGGAAAGGGAAUGUACUCCCGCCUGUACGGCGUGCUCAACACGCACCACGCCGUCGACUUCUGCUCUGCCUUCCUACACUCUUACUCUGAUUCCGCCCUCUUCGGAAUCGCCGCCUCGUGCGAGCCACGCUUCAAUGCCUCGAUUGGUAACGUCAUUGCUCGCCAGUUGGAGCUCUGCACCGGUCCACUGAGAGGAGGUAUUACCACUGCUGAGCUGAGCAGGGCGCGCAACCAGCUCAAGUCAAGCCUGAUGAUGGCUCUAGAGUCGCGCCUGGUUGAAGUGGAGGACCUAGGUCGCCAAGUUCAAGUGCACGGCAAGAAGGUCACUGUAGAGGAGAUGUGCGAGAAGAUUGACCAGGUGGACCUGCCGCGUCUACACCGCGUUGCAACUCGAGUGUUGAGGCCCACAGCAGAGAAGGAAGGUAAGGGGCAGAAGAUGAACUAUGGUUUGGGUAGCGGACAGACGACCGUAGUCGCACAGGGAAACCUCGAGGGACUGGGCGAUCUGAGGCAGAUGCUCUACUCGAGAGGACUGGGCGCGAAGCCAACUUCACAGGCCUAGGUCCUGAAAGCGGGCAAUGUAUGGAAAGUUGAGAGUGCAGAGCAUGCUCAGCGAGCGGACCCGUUGAGCGGACGGCUGGCCGAAUGACCUUUUAUAGAUGACUCGAUGUUGUACUUUUCCCCUUGACUCGUACCACUCAUAUUGUAAGGACUCUCUACCACCAAUCACCAAUUUGCAUGCCUUUUCAGCUCAAGAGCAAA